ACAGGUCACAGGCACAUGAAAAUCUUCAACACCCCCAGCAACUCCAGCACCUUCACUGGCUUCCACCUCUUGGGCUUCCCUUGCCCCAGGCAGGGGCAGAUCCUCCUCUUUGUGCUCUUCACUGUUGUAUACCUCCUGACCCUCACGGGCAAUGGUUCCAUCAUCUGUGCUGUGCACUGGGAUCAGAGACUCCACACCCCUAUGUACAUCUUGCUCGCCAACUUCUCUUUCCUAGAGAUCUGUUAUGUCGCCUCUACAGUCCCCAGCAUGCUGGCCAACUUUCUCUCUGACACCAAGAUCAUCUCCUUCUCUGGGUGCUUCCUCCAGUUCUACUUUUUUUUCUCCUUGGGCUCUACAGAAUGCUUUCUCCUGGGAGCUAUGGCAUUUGACCGAUACCUUGCCAUCUGCUGGCCUCUACGCUAUUUGACUAUUAUGACCAAACAUCUCUGCAACAUUCUUGUGGGCAGCUGCUGGGUACUUGGUUUGUGGUUCCUGAUUCCUAUCAGUGUCAUUUCUCAAAUGACCUUCUGUGGAUCUAGGAUUAUUGACCACUUCCUAUGUGACCCAGGUCCUCUGUUAGCCCUCACCUGUACCAGAGCCCCUCUACUAGAGUUGACUAGCUCCACCUUAAGUUCUCUACUUCUAUUUAUUCCCUUUGUCUUCAUCAUGGGGUCCUAUGCUCUGGUUCUGAGAGCUGUGUUGAGGGUUCCUUCAGCAUCUGGAAGAAGAAAGGCUUUCUCUACCUGUGGCUCCCACCUGGCUGUGGUCUCACUGUUCUGUGGCUCAGUGAUGGUCAUGUAUGUGAGCCCAACAUCUGGGCAUGAAGCUGGAAUGCAGAAGAUUGUGACUCUGUUCUAUUCUGUGGUUACUCCCCUUAUUAAUCCUGUCAUAUACAGCCUGAGGAACAAGGAAAUGAAACAUGCAAUGAGGAAAAUACUGAGAACACAAAAUUAA